GCAUUUUUUGUCUUGCUGCUGCUGCUGGUCACCUCGUUUGAUCGGUUUCGCCACGCGACAUACGAGAUAUUCUUGGUAACAUAUGUUGUGCUGUCCAUUCUGAUACUCGUUGCAUGUUUCUAUCAUAGAGUUACAUUCGAAGGACACGAAUACUGUAUUUAUUUGUGGCCAUCUGUGGGUGUGUGGGCUUUGGAUCGCCUUUUACAGCUUGUGUGCCUCUGCUAUUGCAACGUCCAUGUCAGCUCUCGAGGAGUUCUACCCUCGGUGAGCCGCAUGGUUUAUGAUGAAGAAGCAGAUGUAGUGCGUUUGGAAGUAGCACCCGCAUCCAUGCGCUUACGAGCAGAAGCCGGACUGUAUUACUUCUUGUACCAGCCGUUUCGAUUUACAUGGUGGGAGAGCCAUCACUUUACGGUCGGGGCUUGA